UUGCAGACGACGAAGAAGGCGAAGGCGCGGAAGAAGACGACGAAGAAGACGAAGGGAAAAAAUUUCGCGCGAACCCGAGGAAGAGGCAGUACCACCGGAGAGUAUUUAUUCAAGUUGGCGUUACACCGUAUCGUUCACGUAGAAGCCAUGGGUUUGCUUGAAGAAUGCCAAGAGCUGUUUGGAACAACUCAUCUCUAUGAGGUUAUAGGUGUGGACAAAGCUGCAUCAGAGGCUGAUAUCCGACGAGGAUACUACAAAAGCUCUCUGAAGAUACAUCCUGACAGAGCACCUGAGGACCCACAGGCAACCGCCAAGUUCCAGACCUUGGGAAGGGUGUACGCAGUGCUCAAUGACAAAGACCAGAGGGCCGUUUAUGAUGAGCAAGGCAUCAUAGAGGAUGAAUCGGACUUACUGAAACAAGACUGCGACUGGGAGGAAUAUUGGAGGAUUUCCUUUCCAACGAUUACUGUACAAGACAUUAUAGACUUUGAGAAAACCUAUAAGGGCUCAGAGGAGGAGCGGGCUGACGUAAUGAGGAAAUACACUGAGUGGAAGGGAGACAUGACACGGAUAAUGCAGACUGCCCUCUGUGUCACGCAUGCUGAUGAACCCCGCAUCAGAGACCUCCUUCAGAGUGCCAUCGAUGCCGGGGACUUGCCUGCUUUCAAAGCCUUCACCCACGAGAGCGCUAGGAAGAGAAUCAUGCGCCAACGCAAGGCUGAUAAGGAGCGUGAGGAGUGUGAGCAGAUGGAAAAGGAGCUGGGUCUCGGAGAACAGAGUCUGACUGCCUUGAUCAAGCGGAAGAACGACUCCAGAAAGGCCGGUUUCAACUCCUUCAUAGACGGCCUGGAAAAGAAAUAUUGCCAGAAGAAACCAGCCGCCUCCUCAAGGAAAGCGAAGAAAGUGAAGUAGUUAAUGAGAAGUUUCACCAAUUCAAAGACCUUCUCCAUGUGUUUUACUGUUGGCCCAGGGGAAUUUUGAGAAGAGUAAAGGAAACUCUGCUCUGAACUUUACUAUCAUUUGGCUCUGGUUCUAUUUGAGAUACUGAGACAAAGGAAGAUGGAGGCAAGGGGGAGUAGCUCUGUAAACACUAUUGUUUUUCUUGUCCCUCUACAAGCCUGUAGUUCAACAGGGAGGGCUCCCAGGUACUCAAGCUUUUGCUGUUGUCGGCCACUGAAUUGCUCUGCAACACCGGUUUGCCUUCGGUGCCUUGCUCAAGAGCUCCUCGGCAGUAGUUGUUUGUGUAAAAUCUGGAGAUCUGAAUGGGUGAUCCCAAGGCCAGCCGCCCACUUCACUAAGCUGCGCUUCCUUGAGGAAAAAAGUGUUUAGAUGAUUCAACUCAGUUUAGAUAAAUGAUGCUUUUAUUGAAUUCGGUCAGAAAUGCAAACAUUAAAGCUUUUGAGUGUCAGAUUUUUAUUACUAUUUCCAGUGUCUGUAAAUGUUUCGGAGGUAGUUGUAUUAAAAGUUAUUUCCCUGGUAUUCUAAUUAAGGCUUUUUAUUUGUUUGUCAUAAAAUAAAAGCAUAUCUAC